UGUAUCAUUGUUAAGUUUCACGGAUGAAGCGCCAGGCAGUUAAAUGCCACAUUUAAGUUACUAUUUCUGCCCGUUAUGUUAUCUUGUCGCAGGAUAGCACUUGACGCUAGCUAAGCUAACGUCAAUAUAACGUCAUUUCCCCUCUUGUAUUAACUGCUAUACUUGAGAGGUACCGCUCCCAUGUAAAACACUAUCUAAUUCAGCUGUCAACAAUCCAAAACUAUUGUUUACGCACAGUGUUUUACUGUCUGAGCUACGUGUGGACGACAAUGGAUUUAGCGAGGUCGACGUUAAGCCAGUUUUAAAGUAGCAGGCAGCAACAGCCAGGGGGGAUUGCCCUCAGUUAAGCAUUAAGGCUAGCAGGCUAACACGCGGCCAAGAAGCGGGUUGUGACUUUGUCCAUCGUUCAACUCUCAUUUGGUCAUCAACACCCGUGAUUUUGAGCUAGACGUGGGUGUGUCUGUGUGUGUGUGUGUGAGAGAGCUCUUUCCAGCGUCCCGUGCCCUCAGUUUGGAUGGGAGAGACUUAGAUGAGCCGGAGAGCUAACCAUCAGUCCUGUUAAACAUGGAGGAUGAAGAGGUUGCGGAGAGCUGGGAAGAGGCGGCGGACAGCGGGGAAAUAGAGAGACGGCUUGAUGCCAAACUGAAAAUAAACCAGGAGGCAAAGAAGUUCAGCCUGGGGUCUGGUGGCUCUCCUGUUCGAACUGCUAUUGUAAUUCAGGACGACUCUUUGCCUGCAGCACCCCCACCACAAAUUAGAAUUUUGAAACGUCCCUCAAACGGUAACGCAGGAAACCUUGCAUCCUCGACUCGUCCUUCUCAGCAGAUGAAGUCUCUGGCCCAGCGGGAGGCAGAGUAUGCAGAAGCCCGAAGAAGGAUCUUGGGUAGUGCGUCUUCAGAUGAUGCGCCUCAGGACAAUCCAAGCCAGGACAGGCCAAGUCGUAUGAGCAUGCAGCAACCUUCAGAACCAACUCGUCCAAACACUCAUGUGAUCCGCCAGCCCACUGGCCCGGAUGGCACCUCGGGCUUCCGACACUGCAGAUAAACAGGAACUACUUGCUGCAAGGAAUCAACUGUCUACCUAAGAGGGCAUAAAGGGGUGGCAGUUAAGGGGGUUGUUUGUGGUAUGAAGAGCAGAGUGGUGGGAUGAGACAAAAUUUGACAGACAAAAGAAUUAUGAAGAUGCAGCAUGGAUUGAAAUGAACCUCUCCACCCUCUCUCGACUAUGCUUACUGGCUUGGUCUUUGGCUUUCACCUUGUCUUUUCCUUCUGUGGAAAGCCGCAAGGGGCUGGCAGAGAUCAGCCAACGAUCUGAAAACCCUUCUGUUCCACACUGUGAACAGGCUCUUGCCUCACAUCCCUACACACUGUGAUACUUUGAUGCCACAUGAGGUGCCCUCUGAUUUUAAGUAUGAUUGGCUAUGCGAGGACAUCAGGUGUUUGUCUCUCCAGGGAGAUUAAGAAGAGCUCUCCAAUCUGUGGGCAUUCCCAGGAGAGAAGCAAGCGAACGAGCUGGUGUUUCUAUUGAUGGUACCUGGAUCAUGGCUGGGUGUCUACCGGAGAGCUGGCCUUUGUUUGUUGGGUUCAGUGGAAAUGAAGUAUGUGACAGUGCUGAGAGUUUACUGUGUGUCCAAAAGCUUGAGUGCCAGUGAGAGAAAGUGCACUGUGUUCAAACAGGCCUUUUUAUACUGUAGUUGUAUAACAAAGGCGGAGGCCCAGAGCAGGUCCUUCCACCAUCCACAGGCCUCUGUUCGGCACUUGUGGCCAUGAAAGAAACGCCCGGUGGGCAAACAGCCGGUGGCCAAAGAUUGCAGAUCUCAAGGACAGAAUGUCACUAAAUCAAAGCUUAUUCGAGCAAUAACACAAAUUUACUCCCUGUAUUAUUUUACAUACUGCCUAAUUAUCUGUUCUGCAUUUUGUUUGAAGUUACCCUUUGUUUUAAACAACUAACACUUUUUUUCCAUGUUGGUGUUUUUUUUUUCCGAGACAAAAGUGUGUUUGAGAUCAGUAGUGUGCCAGAUAUUAGAUGAUGUAGCCUUCAGAAGAAACUUUACUGGUAGUGUCAUUACAUUUUAUCAAAGUGGAACAAGUCAGACCUAAAAUGUUAAGUUAUUGUGCAUUAAUGUUCCAGUGUGUGUUGCUUUGCUCUUUGUAAUCUAAAUUGCUAUGUUGGAACUUCUCUUAAAGCCAACUGCAAUGCAUCUGUCCAUAAAAGAGGAUUUUUAUCUGUUUUUCGCACCGGUUGGAAUAUGUUGACUGACUGUGUUAAGAUUAUGGUUGGGUCUUCAGAAAUAACUAUUUGAAGCCCAGCAUGGAGGAUGAUACAAAUAUGAUCACAAGUAUAUUGGAAAUCUCAAACUCUAUUAGUGUUUUUGAAAAAAAAAACACAUUUCCCAUGCCUGGUUUGAAUGUUUUUCCACACAGAUAUACACCAUUCUUUGCUACCCAUUGAAAUAAAAGUAAGUCAUGAAAUCAAUAAUCUCAUGGAAUACUGAUAGUUACUGCGGCUAUUUUUGAGCCCUUUGACACUUUUAAGCCUUAAAUGAAAUAAUAUUCCUGAAUACAUACACUUUCCAAUGGGUAGUGCUCACUAGUACCGAGCUUUCUGUGUAUUGUAAUAGGGUUUAUUUAAUAGAAUAAUUGACCAAUGUCAUUGAGGCACAGUUUAAAGCGGCAACAGCUUUAGGCAUGUACUAAAUCAUACUCGGUAAGACUCCAAUAAUGCUUUUGUUAAGGAACUCUAAGAAGUUUGGUCAUAAUUUGUCUAAGUUUCUAAUAUCAGAAAACCAUCGAUUGGUAUCAUUUGCAAGAAAAAGGUGUACUGAAAUUAAGAAGUGUAGUAAAUUAAAGAAUGUUCCUUCACACAGCAACCAAUUAAGAAAUAUGGAUUAAACUGCUGCAUUUGUACCACUUUUACAACCUCACUCAGUGAAAACCCAAGGAAAACAGAACAUUUAGGGUCAGAAGAAUUCAUCGUAAAUUGCUCAAUUCUGAGAGAUGAAGAUUUUUCGUUUGACAGAAAUACCAGUUGUCUCUCUCCAUGUUUUUUGUUUUAUGACUUGGCACACUAAUUGUUAUACUGUCCCAGGAAUUAGGCUCAAUCAUUGAAAUGGAUUUGCUAUCAUUGCAAAUAGAACAAGUGAAAGAAACAUUCUUUAUCUACAUGUAUAUGAUCUACACAUGAAUCUUAUGUUUCAGUCAUUCACCACCAUCUGUUUACUUAGAGGUGGAUUUGAUGUCAUUAUCUUAAAACUUGAAAAACAAAUGACAUUUGAAUACCCUUUAAUAAACACACUUCAAACUUG